AUGUCAAUUUUAUCCCCUUCCUUAAUUGAAAUUAGACUUGGGAUCAGCGACGCCAGAGAACCAACUUCGAUUCAAGACUCCCUAUUUGUCAGUGCACAAUUGGGAGAGCACGUCAUUUUCAUAUUGGCCCAGUGUUAGCCAAUCGGUGUCGUCUCUAUCUGAGCGCGACUCAGGGUGAUUGUGACGGUAGAGGUGCAGUGCUCCGAUAGGUAGGUUUAUCUUGAUUGACAGUCUCGCUCGGGCUCGGUAGUGGAUUCAGAGCGCUGUAGCUUUGGCGCUGUCCACACUGGAGCAGGUUCUGAAACGCGCCGCGCGCUCUUGCAGUGUUUGCGCGGAAAGGACGGAGGCUCGACCGCUGCUUCUCAGCUCCGGAGCGAUCACUCUGGAAGACCACCUUUCGGCGGACAUCCCUUGCCACAACACAGACAAAUUCCGUGGAUUUUUUACGCACGUACCGAGUGAUUCAAAACUUGUCCUCUUCGGGACAUUUAUCGGAUUUUUUUCCUCCAAAGUUCAAAUGCACAAUGGCUAUUUUUUAUUUUCUGUUUAACUUUGGCAAACAUUUUGAUUCGGGGUUCAUCUCAUGUACUUUUUAAUUUCAAAUGUCCACCGCGUACGUCUAUUGUUUGGGAUUCUUUUUCCUCCUAGGAAGACACGCGCUUUGAGCGAGUAGAAAAUCAAGAUGCAAUGGAUGGCUUUUACGUGAAUAUAAGCUACAGUGAACAUGGUUUCUCAGAAACCUCACCAGGAUUUUACAGAUCUCUGGUAGGGACGCGCUCUGACAGUCAGUGAACCUCGGUCACAGUUCACGGGUCACGGUCAGUGGAGCGAGGGUGCCAAUAUACAGCUUGGAAACGAGACUUCUACAUUUUUAUCUAUGAGUGUUCGGACUAAUAUUACAAUUGGUAUAUCGCCAGGACUUUUCUUGUAAUCCGGUUUUGAUGAAUGCACACUGAUGUCUGAGUUCCUUCACUCUGGAUUUGUAGAGGGUUGUAGGGUUGUACCCUGACCGACCAUUUGCAUAUACUUAAUAAUGGAUCAGAUAAACUGUAAUUUAUGAAUCACAUAUCUAAUUUUACUCUUGACCCAAGGACCUAGGUCUUCAUGUUCGAUUGUUUAUUUUCCAACCAAAGUUUCUGUGGACUUCCACACUGCUGAAACUGGUUCAUACGCACAGACCUUUAAAAGAACAAGAACAAGUGCAGGACGUUAAAGGAUUUUUGGUGGUUUUUCAAGGGAAGGCCUGUCCUGCAGACCGAUGGAAAUCCACUGCAAACACGACCCGUUCGCAGCGAUGCACCGGCAUGGAGGGGUGAAUCAGCUGGGUGGGGUGUUUGUGAACGGCCGGCCCUUGCCUGACGUGGUGAGGCAGAGGAUAGUGGAGUUGGCCCAUCAGGGCGUACGUCCAUGUGACAUCUCCCGCCAGCUCCGGGUCAGCCACGGCUGCGUCAGCAAGAUUCUGGGCAGGUAUUAUGAGACGGGCAGCAUCAGGCCAGGGGUGAUCGGAGGCUCCAAACCAAAGGUUGCUACACCCAAAGUCGUCGACAAAAUCGCUGAUUACAAACGCCAAAACCCCACCAUGUUUGCCUGGGAGAUCCGAGACAGACUGCUGGCAGAGAGAGUGUGUGACAAUGACAGCGUGCCCAGCGUCAGCUCAAUCAACAGGAUCAUUCGCACUAAAGUCCAGCAACCACCCGGCCAAUCAGGAGCUGUAUCUGCCCAUAACUUAGCCUCUACAGUGGCAGUGACCCAGGUAUCCGCAGUAACCAGCGACGCUGCAGGCUCCUCCUACUCCAUCAGUGGAAUUCUGGGAAUCAGCUCACCUGCCGAUGCAAGCAAGCGGAAAAGAGAUGAAACUCUACAGGAUUCUCCAUUGGUGAAUGGCCACGCCCAUUCAGGGCGGGACUUCCUGCGGAAGCAGAUGCGAGGAGAACUCUUUACACCGCAGCAGCUCGAGGUAUUGGACCAUGUCUUUGAUCGACAGCCCUAUCCUGACAUUUACCCCGUCCCUGACAGCAGCAGCUUCAAGACACCCGAUUACUCGGCUAUGGCAUCUUUGGCUGGCGGAUUGGAGGAGAUGAAGAACAGCUUGGCCAAUCAGACGGGAGCAGAGCUGGGUUCCACUGUUGCAGGUCCUCAAUCAUAUCCACUUGUGUCUGGUCGUGACCUGGCCAGCACCACGCUCCCUGGUUACCCUCCCCAUGUUCCUCCAACAGGGCAGGGUAGUUACUCCACACCCUCCCUCACAGGAAUGGUACCCGGAGGAGAUUUCUCUGGCAGUCCUUAUUCCCAUCCGCAGUAUUCAACGUACAAUGAGUCUUGGAGAUUUGCAAACCCCAGUCUACUAGUGUUCCAGCAGGAGUACGGUUCUUUACUGGGCUCAGAGAGAGCAGCUUCAUCGGGUCUAUUCCCAGGCCAAACCCCACAACCUACAGGAUCUCCGUACUACUAUAGCGCAGCCACACGGGGAGCAGGAACGGUUGCUACUGCGACUGCCUCAGCUUAUGACCGCCACUGACCAGCCCGACAGAGGAGAGGAGGAACGGCGAAGGAGUGGGCCAAACGAAAAGAAAGAGGAGCGGGAAUGGAUUGAUAGCAGCCACACAAGAAAGAAAAGAAGUGUAUGAGGAGCAGGAAGGAGAAAGAAGGUGACGAUGUUUUCCUGCCAAUUACAAUCAACAGUCCAAUCAGUAGCUUCAGCCGACGUGUCUAACUUCUGUUCAUUAGUGUAAAAUACACACUCAUUCACCUUUAUUCCUGUGGUCUCAGCUCACACUAAAUCUGUCAUCUUCUGUCAUUAAAGCCUUGCUUAUCCUAUAGUCUUUGCAUCUCUAUGCAGCCUGUUCUUAGAGAUGAUAAGGUGUUAGGAAUCAGUUCCAGACAAUCUACUAGUGGCAGCUUGAGAUGACCUACAUGCAUUUUUUUUUUUUUUGUCAUUUUGUUAUCUGUGUGAAUGUGGCAUCAGAGUCUGUGGCAGACUAAAACCAUGAAUUGUUUUGGAGAGAACCUAACGUAUAGAGUGAACGGAGAUUUAAUAGAGCUGGACAGAAAACUCAGGUCGGAAUAUUGGCAUUAUUUACAGUAAAAUUAUCCAGCGUUUGCUAUCAAUCAUGGGACACUUUCACUUGAAAAUGUAGCGUAAUUACGGUAGAGAUUUUACUGGAAGAUGCUGAAAUGUGAUGCACAAGAAUAUCUGAGCCCUCAGUUCUGAUCUAGGAGCAGUUUAGAUGUUACAGACUCCUUAUAAACUGAAUUACAUGCAAGUUUAGCAUUAGCCGCGAUGCGAUGGCUAAACAACAGGACUGUUGUGUGAUUCAGUCAUUGUGUAAUAUGUUGGAAAAUAGCAGCAUCAUUGAAAUAUUUAAGCACUGUUGUCAUGAAUAAGAGCAUCAGUAUUUUAAAGACUCCUCUCCUUCCUCUAUGUAGAUACAUAUUAUUUACGUAUGUACAGAAUACCCUUAUUCAACUGUACAUUGGUAAAAUUUAUAGCUAUUUAUGAUGGAGAGUAAUAUAUAUAAAUGUGUGUAAAAGUUUACUGCAGACAAAUGCUACUGCUAGCUAAAGGUUCUCUUGUUAAACCCCUGAUGUUUCAUUCCAAACACAAAUCAGUUGCAAUCAAAAGAGUUUGCUGGCAUUGAAUCACUGACAAACUUUUGUAAAGUCGCUCUAUUUUAGAAGGGGAAAACCAUUAGCGAUGCUAACUCUUCCCUAACAGGAAGUGAUGUCAUACUGUCUGUUCCUUCAAAUGGUCUCUUUAACCUCCCCAAAGAUGCUCUUCAGUAGUGCAAAUAGACACUCUUAAAAGCACAAAAUUAAUCAACUGUUAUCUAGAAAUUGCUUUUAUAUUUAAUUUUUUUCAUGCUCGUUCUCUCCGAGCGUAUUUUUUUUUAUUGCCUUCAUCCAUACUGCGCCGAGACAAUGCAUGAGACCAAGGUGGAGGCCUUACCAAACUCUCUAUGUAGCAACAUCAUGUCUGAGAAAACCUGUACAUAUAUCACUUACAACGACAAGAGCUUUCAAUAUCAUUGUUGACUGAUAUAUUGAUAUCUAACUUUAGAUUCUAGUAGACGAGAAAAGACAAAAAGUGUGCUUUAUUUAGCUAUUGUCUGUGAUGGGUGUUCCCAGUUUUUGAUUUCCUCGCUUUUUAUUUCAAUACACUGUGCAUUAGCUUUCGAAAAAGGGGAACACUGUAGUUUUAGUAGUGAGUCGCAAGCACCAAACCUUUGAUGUGAAAUAAGAAAAGAAAAAAAAGACAAAUCUAUGAAUCUAUAUAUAUAUAUAGAAGUUGAUAGUUUAUGUUUUUAUGUUGUUGCUCUGUACUGUAAAGUAGUAAUAGGUUUUUUGUAGAUCAAAAGUUGCACGUUAUGCAACUCUAAAGAAACCCUUGAUGCCGUUCACCACUAAUGACUACUGGUGAACUUUGACCUUUAAAACUUUAAAUCAGAGGCAUUAUGAACCUGAAGUACACCAGCUGAAAUCAAGGACAGUGCCUUUAUUUUUCUACCGAGUCAUCCAGAAUAAGUCGCUAAAUAGCGAAUGUGCAUGCAUUUCGUAAUGAGAUCCCAGCUUGAUGCCGAUGCCACUUCCCAUAAUUUUUAAAAGCGUUUUUUUACAUGCUAAUUUUACAAUCUUAUAAAAACUAAAAAAAAAUCAUAAAAUCCAUUUAAAUCAAUUUAAAAUCAAAUUAGAAACGACUAUCAAAUAUAAAACACUGGCCUAUACAAUAUUGUAAUCGCUCCCCACCAAAAUAGAAGAAGGUGAGAAGUAAUUUACACUUAUAGCAGAUAUAAUAUGAUUCAAUAAACACAAAAUGCACAAUAUCAACUGCACCAGCAAAAUCUCUUUCUCUUUUCCCAUCCCAACUCUAUUUUCUCUUCCUCCAAAUGCCAUCCAGAUUAUAAAUUCUUCAAGUUGGACGUUAAUCACCUUUGAAAAGAUUAAGGCUGUGUGAUUAAAACAUUAAUUUAGUUUAAUUGCACAUUUUAAGUUAUAAAUAGCUUGCAUAAAACAAGUUCAGGCAAGUUCAAUUAAUUAGCCCUAUGUUUUCUCAUUCACUCUCAUUCGCAAAAAGUGGCAAAAUAAGUACCCGGCUUCAAAUUGUACUUUAAAACAAAGUAGUUUACUCCCUAAAUAUGGUUUCGUAAUGACUCCAUAUUUAAAAUACAUUCCAAACUUAAGGCUGUGCGUCAUAAAUGAAACGCAUUCAUUUACUAAACAACCCUCAGUUUGUUGUCAGCAUCCCACUGUUUUCCGCACUUCAAAUAAAAAAAUUAGAAUAGGUGAGUACAAUGCGAUUUGACUUCAUUUUCCAGAUGAGCUAAAUUAGGUUCACGAUUUGAAAACGGGAAUAUUCUGUAUUCUAUUGAUUCUAAAAUUCCUAUGUGUGUCCACAUGACAAUUACAGGUUUCCCAAUGGGAAAAGCAGGCUUUUUUAAAAAAACAGAGGACUUGGUUAUCACCUUAUAGUGGCCUUCUGUGUACAAUCGAAAGCUCCUUCUGUAGUUUCUUUCCCAAGGGGUUCAUAAGUAUUUUUUACACGGUUUUUGAAGUAAAGAUGAAAGAUUUUAAGAAAGUUUGAAACAUUUUGAUGAAUUUAAUAUCAGUUCAAUUCAAAGGAUAAGUCUGACCAUUAACAUAUCUGUAGCAAAGUAUACUGUAGUGAUCAUUACAAAAAUAUUCAAAUUAUGAAAUAACCAACAUGACAGAAAGAGGAAGGCAAGAGAUAUUUGCAACAAGUAAAUUAAUGAAAUGCUUCUUUAAGAAAUGUGUGUGUUUUUUAUUGAAUUUUCUAGUAGUAACAAAAUCUUGGUGUUUUUCUCUACGUGUCGUGUGUUGUCUAAAUAUUUGAAUGUAUUUACUGCGGAACAAAAUUUGCCAAAGAUAUCAUGCCGCUUGAUUUCAAUCUUUUUGGUUCUUUGUGACUUAUUUCUUCAUUUGAUUAAAAUCUGUUGCUGGAAAUAAAUGUGAUUUGAUAUGGAUUUUCUAAUGGAAUUAUAUUGUUAUUGUUAUAUUAUUAUUAUGCUGAUGAUUUCUGUUUGUUUGUUUCAUUGUUGUUCAGGAUUAUUCAAUUGUUUGGCAUUCCUCCCAAUCCUUGAAACAGGGUCGUACGCUACUCUGUGUAUGUGCAUACGAGUGAAUGUUGUUUGUGAAUUAUCAAUUAACGUAUGGUGUUAUGUGAAUCUAAGAAGUAAUUAUUUGUAAAUAUUGGCCAUAAUUUUAUUGGUUCAUCAGAAUAAAAGUAAUUUUU